UUUGAAAGUGAGACAAACAGGAGAAUAAACAUGAUGUUGUCUGUAUUCUUUGUUUUUACUUUACUAGCAGCUUGUCAUGCAGCAACAUGGCAGAUCUCUCCAUUCAAUACCUCCGCUGUCACGGGAGAAAAUGCGACUUUGGCCUGCAUAGCCAUUACAGCUAACGGAGAAAAUAUACAAUGGAAAAAGGUGGUAGGCAGUUCAGUUACAGCUUUAACUCUAGAUACUACCAUUCUAGCGAGUGACAAGAGCAAGUAUGCUGUGACUGGAACGUAUAACUUAACGGUAGUUAAUGUACAGACUUCAGAUGAAGGACUCUAUCAGUGUGUUAUCGGAGCUACUACUAAAGAGGCAUCACUACAAACCGUCGUUUUGCCAACCAAUGUAUCUACCUACUGGGAGACAUCACCAACCAUUGGGAACAUUGUCAACAUCACUUGCCGGGCAACGUAUGGCAAACCUCCUCCCUAUCUGAGGAUUUACAAAGAUAACAUUGACAUAACACAUCUAGCGUAUUAUUACACAGAAAACACCAGAUCUAGUGGUUAUGGAGACGCUGUUGCUAGUGCUGCUUUGACCUUGACAUCACUUGAUGUUAACAAAGACAUUCGAUGCGAAGUUGAAUAUGACGGUCUUUACAAUGCCAUGAACUACACUAUGAACACAAAUUUGAAUGGCGGUGCAUCAAUCAAGUUACAUGGUCUUGCUGCUGCCCUGAUGUUCAUUAUGGUUGCGGUUACUCAGAGUUUAUAAAGACUUGUAUUUAAUUGUGGCUUCAUCUAUGAGAUUUCCCAAUGCACUUUGUCACGAAUGCUGUAUUAGAAACAAUGAAAUAGCUCUUGAUAUACUGGUUACUCUGUUGUUGAGCAUGGAUGAGAUAAAUCUAGUCAGUUGUAAAAAUAUACUUUAUUUAGUUUAUUUAUUAUAUUUAUUGUAUUUAUUACUUUUCGUAGUGCUUUUUGUGGACAGUGCAAUCGAAUUCACAAAAAGAAAAUCGAAUACUUGUUUUAUUGAUUUGCACGUUCCACAAAUUGCUUGCAUGUGACUCUAUAGUCAGAGAUUAUUGCUUGAGUUGAUGUUUUAAGCUGAUGAUAAUCAUGUUUUUUUAGUGUAAUUAAAACUUCUUUGUUUGACAUUUCUAUGUGUAAAAUACAAAACGUACAGCACCCUUAUGACUACAACUUUCGUUUAAAUCCUUCCAGUAAAUUUCUCUUAUCUGUAAACAUUUUACCAGUUGAUGAGAUAUAUUUGCUAGAAGAACUGUAGGAAUUGGGGAGGAAUGUAGUGACCUUUCGGUAUUGGGAAGCAAUGACUAGAUGUUGUUGUAUACUGUGAUAUUAUUGAUCUGUAAAACUUGUGUGAAUUUAUUUUUGUGAAAGUAUAUAUUUAUAGAAAAUAAAGAUAACAAAAUGUU